ACUCCCGUGUAUUCAUUGUGCUGCUAACUGCAAGAGGAAGGGCACGCAUUGUACCCAGCAGUGCAUGCAUCCCAAUAAUAACAACAACCUCAUCACCAAUGCACUGGUGGUCUUCCUGAAGCAGAUCAGUUCUUUUGUAUGUCCCUCCCAAGCUGUGUAAAUGAGUAUGGAAGAUUAUGAUUUCCUUUUCAAGAUCGUUCUAAUUGGAAACGCUGGGGUGGGGAAGACCUGUCUCGUCCGGCGGUUUACUCAGGGUCUUUUUCCACCGGGUCAAGGAGCCACUAUUGGGGUCGAUUUUAUGAUUAAAACAGUUGAGAUAAAAGGUGAAAAGAUAAAGCUGCAGAUAUGGGACACAGCAGGACAGGAAAGGUUUCGCUCCAUCACUCAGAGUUAUUACAGAAGUGCCAAUGCCUUGAUUCUAACCUAUGACAUCACCUGCGAGGAAUCGUUCCGCUGCCUCCCAGAAUGGCUUAGAGAGAUAGAACAAUAUGCAAACAAUGAGGUGAUCACUGUGCUUGUGGGGAAUAAAAUUGACCUGGCAGAAAGAAGAGAGGUCUCUCAGCAAAGAGCUGAAGAAUUUGCAGGAACUCAAAACAUGUAUUAUCUAGAAACUUCCGCAAAGGAGUCGGACAAUGUGGAAAAACUCUUUUUAGACUUAGCGUGCCGGCUGAUUAGUGAGGCGCGGCAAAACGCGCUGGUGAACAAUGUAGACUCCUCAUUGCCGGGAGAAGGAAAAAGCAUUACAUACUUGAACUGUUGUAAUUUUAACUAGGAGAUGACAAAGCUGAGGGGAAAAAUGAAACAGAAGACUGAGAAUUGAGAAUUUUUCUCUCCACAGGAACUUCCUGUAAUUUUUGACCUUUUUUUUUCUGGGUCAGUUUCUGAGCUUAGACAUGGAGGACUGCGCGUUUCUUCUGCAGGUCACUACAGCAAAGAAACGGAUUUGUUUGCAGGUUGACAUUGUUUUGAUAUGUCGCUGCUACAGGAGUCUGCAGCAUUAUGUGUAUCGCCAUGACAGUCGAAGGGUUAAAGUUCAGCAAAACUACACAGUGAUUUAAAGAGAUGGUGCAUACCCGCUCGCUGUUUUCUAGUAAAUAGAAAAGCAUUUUUGAGAAAGUAGUAUAAAAUAAUUAGUAUCUGUUUAUCAAGCAUUGUAAAGUGCGCAUUUAGUCGACGUAAACUUUUUUUAAUCAUUUGGAAUGUUUUUUUUUACCCCUCUCAUUUUAUUGAUAUAUAACAAAUAUAACUCAAGACUUUAUUUCGCCCAUUGUCAGUAAUGCCCAUGGUCAAAAUGUUAGCAAAAAGAUGGUAUAUCUUACUAACAAGUGAAUUAUUAUUUUAUUCUUAUUUUUGAUCACCAUAUUUAGGGUAAUCAGUCCUUCAGCUCAUAAAUAACAGUGGCUUAUUCUCAAUUUUCCCAACAUGAGAAUUUCAAGUUUUCUCCAACAUAGGUGUGUCCGGUCCACGGCGUCAUCCUUACUUGUGGGAUAUUCUCUUCCCCA